AUGACAGCAAAUUUAGAAGUAAAAAAAUUACCUUUAAAGAGACCUUGUUCUCGUAGUUUUACUGAGAAAUUAGAAAGUCCUUAAUAAUAAUAAAUAUUUGAUGAAGAGUCAAAUUAAAUUAAAUUUAUGCCAUUAAAUUAAAGGAUAGCAAAAAACUCUUCAUUAUAUUCAAAAGAUCCAUCAGUUCUUGAAUAGAUAGAAUAAUAAAAAACAUUUUAUGAGAUUUUAUUCAAUUAAUUUCCUGAGGGAAUAUUAAUAAUCAAUGAUUAAAAUAAGAUUGAUUAUCAUAAUAAUUAAGUAUACAACUUAUUAGGAAGAAAACAUAUUUAAAAUAGACAAGAUUAAAUAUUAUCUUGUUUGUAUGAAUUAAAAAAUUAUAGUUCUAAAUUUUAAUUUGAAGAAUAAGCAUAAUUUGAUAAAUUUUUUUCAACUUUAGAUAAAAAGUUAAAAUAUCAUUAACAUUAAUAUUAUUAACCUUUUGAUUAAUAAUUUGAUCAAUAAAUAAAUGAUGAGAAUUCUAAAGAAAGUCUUUUCAAUAAUAAUUUCGAUGAUAAUCAAACAGAUUAUUAUUAUUAAGCUGAACUUAGUAAAGCUGAAACAUUAAAAUAAGAAUUAGAUAAUGCUUUAUAAGAAAAAGUAUAAGAUAAAAAUGGAUUAACUUCUCCAUUUAAAAGAUAAUUAUCUUAUAUUUCUUAAAGAACUUAUAAAGGAUAGGAUAAAAUAAAAUUUUCACCUGAAGUUAAAAAGAUGUUAUGUAUGAUAGAAGAAUCUAGUGAAAAUUAGGAUAAUGAAUUAUAAGAAGAUAAACCCGAAGAUGAAUGUAAUCCAGGAUUAUUAAUUCAAAUUACAAUUAAACCUUAUAUAUAUGAAAAUAAAAGAAGUGUAUUAUUAUUAAUAAGAGAUGUAUCAUUAUUUAAUCAAUUCAAAGUAUUAUAAUAGCAAAAUAAAAAUAAAUCUAGAAUGUUAUCUUAUGUUUCUCAUGAAUUACGUAAUCCAUUAGGAGCAAUAAUUGAAAUAAAUUAAUAAUUGAAAAUUCAAUUUUAAUAAGAUAACAAUUUGAUAUCAAAGUAAUCAAUACUAAAAUAACAUUAGAUAUCUAUAGCCUUUGUAAAGUUCUGCAAUAUCAAUUAAAGGAUUAGCUAAUGAUUUAUUAGAUUUAGCAUAAUUGAAAGCUGGAAAAUUUAAGUUAACAUACUAAGAAUUUUCUAUACAUUAAUUAUUGAAUGAUGCUAUAUCCAUUAUGUAAUAUCCUGUAAGUUUAAGGAAUUUAAAAUUAGAUUUAAAAUUUGAUUCUAAAAUUCCUCAAAUAAUUAAAUCUGAUUCAUAAAGAAUAUAAUAGAUAAUAUUUAAUCUCAUUAGUAAUGCUACUAAAUUUACAAAAGUAGGUGGUAUAACUGUAUCAGCUAAAUUAAUAUAGACAAAAUUAAUAGAAAUAUGUGUUGAAGAUACAGGAGUAGGAUUGAAACCAGAAGAUAAAAGUAAAUUGUUUUAACCAUUUGGAAAAUUGGAGGAUAGUAAGAAUAUGAAUACUUCAGGAGUAGGCUUAGGAUUAAUGAUAAGUAAUGUUCUAGCAUAAAAAUUAAGUGGAAAUGAAGAAGGAUUAUAAGUAGAUUCAAAAGGAGUAGAUAAAGGAACUAGCUUUUUAUUUAAAAUUUAAGAUGUUAGUGAAAAUUAAAUUUAAAAUCAAUAAGAAUCUAAAAUACUGAUUAGAAAAGAGAGUAAUACUAGUAAUGCAGUUAAUCAAAAGAAAUUUGAAGAUUAAUUGAUAGAACAAUAAUAAAAUUGCAAAUGUCCUUAGAUUAUUAUUGCUGAUGAUGAACCAAUAAAUUUAUAAACUUUAGGUUGGAAAUUAGAUAGAAUGAAAUAAAUUUAUUUAAAAGCUUAAAGUGGUUAAGAAUGUAUAGAAAUUCUCAAAAAUUGGUAAAAUAAUAAAGAUUAUUGUUGUAAUUGGAUUAAAUUUAUCAUUCUCGAUAUUAAUAUGCCAUAUUUGAAUGGGUAUUAGACAUCUAAAUUAGUAAGAUAAAUGGAGAUAGAGAAAUAAGUUAAAAGAUGUAAGAUAAUAGGAUGUAGUGGAUUUACAGAUAAUGAAAGUAAAAGAAUAGGAUUUGAAAGUGGAAUGGAUAUCUUUAUUUCAAAACCAAUUGAAGAUAAUGAAUUAUAAAGUGCUUUAUAGUAAUUCUAAUGA